CUGGGAGAAAAGUGACAUGUAAGAAACUGAUAACUAUGGCCUCGAAAGCAAAUGUGAUGUAAUAAUGCUUCAGCAACAAAUCGCCAUAUCGCAAUGCAGAAUAACGCUAUGUACAGCUUAACCUCGUGAAGAGGCAGCAAGGAAAACAAAGGCCACGAGACUAACCCGAGUGCACAUCCAGCAUGCGCUCUGUAUUCCGCCUGAACAGUUUCUCCGCCAACUCGGGGUCGUGGGUGGAAAGGUCCAAGCACCACUCGGUGAAGGGGCUGAUGUCGACACCAGUGAAGCGGGUAUGAGGCCAGUCCGUGGCAAAGAUGACUCGGUCCGGUGCUGCAGCCAAGAACUCGCGUGCCAUGGCCUUCAGAUCACGCAUUUGUCCGUCUUUCGUAAGUCGAUAAGGGGCGGACAAUUUGAUGUAGGUGUUUCCGGCUCGGAGUAGCGAGAUUAAAGAGUGGAAGCCAGGGAGGCUAUAUGGAUUGAAGGGAUUGUUGCCUUUGGCCCAAGACGAGCCGGAAAGUUCAGGGCUUCCGAAAUGGUCGAUGCAAAGGGAGACACCGAGACGAGGCACCACAGACUCGAGCAUGGGUACCAUCUUCAGCGGAACGUAGACUUCGAUGAUCCAAUUCCGAGGGCGGGCAAUUUCGGCAUGGCUAAGUAAUGUCUCUUCCAACUCGCUUUGACCCAUCACCUUGCCCACGGACUGCAGGUUUACUCGCAGACCACGAACUCCGAGAGUGUGCCACUCAUCCAGCGUCUCUGACUGGAUCGUGGCAGGGUCAACCACGACCACACCGCGGCCACGAGAGGGACCGAGCUUUGACAGAGCCGCCAAUAGGCAGGAGUUGUCAGUUCCAUAGAUAGAUGGCUGGACAAGCACCAGGUUUUCGACGCCCAGGGAGGACUCGAAUGCAAGAGCGUCAGCUAAGGUAUGAACCUCUGGCUGAUAAACUGCUGUCGGAGCCACUGGAAAGCGCUGAGGCUCAACGACAUGCAUAUGGCCAUCCCAUGAACGCAGAGGAAUCCUCUUUCUCAAGGGCAGGCGAGAUGUAAUGGCCGUAGCCCCUGCGGCCGCUACAUAGACCGCACGCUGGGUAAUGCGAGUCGGAACCCCUGCGUUGAAUGGUAUCCGUCGGGGUCCGCCGAGUAUAGCAGCAUCAGGCUGAGUUGAUGUCAGCAUUGUGAAUUGAAUUAAAGAACGACGCUCGCAAUGGCCUUGUAGACAGAGCAAGGGAAGGAAUGCUCAAAGCCCUUGGGAGAUACAACUCACAAAUGUGCAGAAUCUGAUGCUGGGGCUUACCUUGAGGGCAAGUCUGAUCGGUAUCAUGCCGUCGUCUCCUCUGCUCGGUCAACGUCCGAAAGGAUGGGAUUCGUAGACCUGGAAAAGCAAGGAAAACAGCCGUUCAUCUUUUGCAAAUUUUUUUCAAAAUCUGCCGUGUGCCGUGUGCUUCCACAUGGUAGAGCGUAGAGCCCCUCAAACCUGACCCACCGUCGGCUGUUCACAGUCUCUCAGCGGCAACGAGGGAGGGUGACAUGGCGAAGGAGGAGUAGUAUCAAAGCGGAAGUUGUCCGGGAGCCCUGAGCCAUGAAUCAAGGUGGAUUAGCUUUUCCCCGUGACGCCGUCCGGCAAUGAAGUAUGGGGCUCGGUCGGCAAACUCAUGUUUGAUUGCCCGUACUCCGUACUCCGUAUGUUUAAUAAUGUGCAACGAUGAAGGUGGAGGGGGGGGGGGGGGGGGGGGGGGGGGGAGUCAAGGGAGAAGAGAAAGAGGGAAUAAGCGCAAAGCUUUCCGGACGUUGACCGAGACCUCAGCACGACCCCAAACGGGGUGCCGAGCACUUUCAGUCGCCGCCUGCUCAAUUUUCUUUAAUACCAUCGCCUCCUGGCGGUUAUUCCUCCACUACCCACUCCGUUACCCCGACCGUGCCUCCAGCUUCUCCAGCUUCCCCAGAUUCUGUAGCCUCCAUAGCUAUUGAAAAGGGGCCCUCUUGUGGGAAUCCUUUACGCAAGACAUCAUGCAAUGGCUGGAUCGCUCUCGGUGGACGACCAGCCCAUACUAUGCGCUGGUGAUCGUCGUGAUUGCGUGCGGGAGCAUUCCUAAAGGUUAUGACGAGGGAGGAUUCAGCGCGAGCGUCAAGCUCGAGUCGUUCAUGGUCGACUUUAACCUCAUCAAAUCCCAUUGGAAGAACAAUCCCACAGGGCUAACCAAUCGAACUGCCAACAUUACAUCCUUCAACGUGUUGGGGGCCGCAUUCGGUGCGCUAGCUGGCUUGGAUCUCAAUGAUCGCCUCGGUCGCCUUAUCUCGUGGCGAGUGGCCUGCAUCGUGUGGGCGAUCGGGACAUUUAUCCAAGUUUUCUCGUCUGGAAUCUAUGGCCUGCUGCUCUUUGCCCGCAUCUUCGCCGGCCUCGGUGCUGGCUUGUUAACGGUGACCUCGCCGCUAUAUCUAUCCGAGGUGGCACCUCGAGCGACGCGAGGUCUCGCGGUCGGCAUGUAUAUGGUGAUUUUGCUGGCCGUGCUCUCCAUGGGCUUCUUUAUUAAUUAUGGUGCCAAUCUCCACAUGGCCGCUACCCGUACCCAAUACCGGCUAGUCCAGGCUAUCCCACUGAUUCCUGUCGGUAUCGCCUUUGGCCUGUCUUUCCUCUGCCCGGAGACCCCUCGGUACCUGGUAUCGCAGCAGCGUCAUAAAGAAGGAAAGGAGGUGCUUGCCCUCCUGCGUGGCAAAUCAAUCGAUGAUGAGAGUGUGGAGGCCGAGUUUGAGGAGAUUGACCGACAAGCGCGCGAGCGGGCUGACUUGAAAUCCGUCUCGCACUGGCAGGCGUUCAAGGAAUCCCAGUCGAAUCCUAAUUACCGCCAGCGAUUCUGGUUGCUGAUGACGAUGCAGACUAUUGCUCAAUGGACCGGUGGCAAUGGUAUCACGUACUAUGUGACCACUAUCUUCGAGUAUGCUGGUGUUGCUGGUGCGAACCAGUCGCUCAUUUCAUCGGGCGCUUACGGAAUUGUCAAGCUCGUCUUCACCAUGGCAUUUACUUGGGGUCUGAUUGAUCGCUUUGGUCGCCGCCGCUGCGCUCUGACUGGUCUUACCCUCCAGCUGGCCGCACACAUAUAUAUGGGCGUUUACAUGGGCCUCCAGCCCGGCUCCUCAGACAAUCAGUCUGCCUCAGAUGCAGCUAUUGCAUCCGUUUUUGUAUAUGCCGUCGGCUGGUCGAUCGGGCUCUGCACUGUUCCCUACCUGUACGGUGCGGAGAUCUUCCCGACCCGGAUUCGCAACGUGAGCUAUGCCUUAAGCAUGGGUCUUCACUGGUUCUUCCAGUUUGCCGUUGUGCGUGUUACCCCGAACAUGUUCACUUCCCUUCAUGUGUGGGGUGCGUAUCUGUUCUGGGCGAUCAUUUGUACCCUGGGCCUGAUCAUUCUUGGCAUUUGGAUGCCAGAGACAGCCCAGGUUCCGAUUGAGCGGAUGGACGAGCUCUUUGAAGGACCGUGGUAUCUUCGCUGGCGCGCUCGCCCCAAGCACGUUGGUGACUCGUCUGAAACGACUGAAUCAAUCCAUUCUCACUACGACCGGGAUGGAAAGACAUUCGAGUCAAGGAUCACUUAGUCCCGCUAAGUGACUUUGCACAUUAAUCUAGCACCAUCUAUAUACCCGAUCCCCGAUACCUUUCACUUCAUUCCCCUCUCUUGACAGCCUUGCCUAUGGAUAUAUAGUCUGGCGACUGCGUUGUGUAUAAAACCUCUACCCUACACGUUGUAAUUAACUCUCAAUUUAGAGGGCUGUACAUAAUUGUAUACCCCAUUUCUCCCUAACAAUCUAUUAACGCCUGGAACAGACACAGCGUCAAUAAUCUGAUAUAAUCAAACUACUGAGCGAGGAACUCGGACUAAAAAGUGCUCCACCGUAGGCUCUGUUCCACCG